ACACACACACCGAGUGUAGUGAUGUGCGACUGCUCUUCUGUUACCUAUCGGAAAGACUUUUAGGUUGCCUAAGUUGAUUCUCUGACCUUUUUAAACAGAGAAGACAUUUGUUCUUGCGUCAAAGGAAAAGUUUGUGAGUUUUAAAGGUUACUGCGCAUUGGCAUCGGCUGCGCACCUUCGUGUUUGAUGUCCUUUUGUAGUUUGUUCACUUCACUGUUGUCAUGAGCGUCCAAACGAUGUUUUUGGCGACUUCUCUGCUCGUCUGGAGCAAGCUGGCGUGUGCGGUGUCUUUUACUGUCAAAGUGCCAACCAGACCUAUUAAGGUGGUCCGUGGGGCGACCGCUUUUCUGCCUUGUGAAUUCACACCAGACCCCGAUCUCUCAAAGCUGGUGGUAACGUGGCAGCGAGUGGAGGACAAACGUGUUGUUCACAGCUAUUACUACCAACAGGACCAGCUGGACCGACAAAGCUCAGAUUAUAGAAAGCGCACAGAGUUAAAUCACAAGCAGAUUGAGGAAGGAAAUGCCACGCUGGCAAUAUCAAACUUUACACAGGAAGACAAAGGCGAGUACCUGUGCGUAGUAACCAACAACUUGGGAUCAGAAAGAGGAGUGGUGCGGCUGAUCUAUGUGGCCUACUAUUCAGAGCCGAGGUUAAGCAUCCAUCUCAACCCCAACGAUGUGACCAUCCAAUACGAGACUGAAGGAUUUCCAAAGCCAGAGGUGGUGUGGCAGGACUCAGGAGGCCAGAAUCUCCCUGACCAGUCGAAUGUCUUGUCUGAAGAUAAAGGUCUUUUCUUCUUAAGAAGCAGUUAUGUUACAAAGAAUCCAGCAUUUAACAUCACCUUCACUCUGAAAAACCCUGCAGUUUAUCAGGAAAUGCAGAGACAUGUGAAUUUCAGCAAAGAUGGAAACACAGGCAUUCAUAUAUCUGUUGUGAUUCUUGCCAUUAUGUGUGUCACCUUCAUGUUCUCUACCAGUGUUCUGUUAUGGUUACACUGCAGUAACAAGCAGAAACAACUUCAUGAUAUGAUGGAAUUGCCCAACUCAAAUUAUAAUUGUAAAUGAGCAGAGACAUUUCUGCUUGAUUUUUUUAUUUUAUUUUGGUUUUCUGCUGCUGGGUUACUCAAAAAACAGUGACUUUCUCACCUCAAAAAGUCAAAAAAUGUCAUUUCGGUUUUCAUGCCUAAACAUUUAUGAUUAGUAUUCACCUGCAUGAUAACAUUGUUACCAAUAAUAACGGGCAACUUGAAUCUUGUUCCUUAUUUAGUGAUUUUAUCGUACAUAUUAUUUGCAUAUCCACUGAAAAAAUGGAUACUUUAAAUUUACUUAAUUAAAUUAUGGACAGUGGUUCCACACAACAGAAAUAUGUUAUCUCUAUUCAAAGAAUGUAUGAUGAACUAAACUGAGUAAACUUAAACAACCAUGUCCAAAUAACUUGAAUCAAUUAAGUUCAUCCUACUAAAAGUAUUUAAGUAGAGAUAACGUGUUUCCAUUGUGUGGAACCAGUGUCCAUAGUUGAUUUAUGUUAGUUUAAGGUAAGUUACUUUCUGGUAUGGCUGUUAUUUUUUAACACACACUAAAUGAGCUAAAUAUAUAGCUUUUCUUUGCUAGAAGUUAGCCAGAAGUUUUUUUUAACACAUACUGCAUACCCCAAGUACUUGUUCUUCCAUUAAAAACAACUUAAAAUCUGGUUAGCCGGUCCCCUCCCCAAGCGCAUGCUCUACACUUUACCACAAUGGUGAUUCCCCAAAAACAUUGAGCUACCAGAAACUCUAUUAAAUAGAAAUAUUAAAGAGUAUUAAACAUGAAAAAAUAUCCCCAUUUUAUAAUUUUGAUAAAAGAUGUAUAAAAUCACAUUUUAUUGCAAAUUUUACUCUCCCUAUUCAGCCACGUGCAAAGCAUGACAGGAAGUGGAAAUCCUGUUCCUAGUUUCUAUAACGCUACUUUAAUACAACUUAGCUUCAAAUAUUUGUUGACCUACUUGAUUGAAACAUUUUCAUUUAAAAUGUAAGCAUUUACCUUAUCCAAAGCAUUACUGUUUUUAGUCCGUUUAACAUAAUGCAAUUGUGUUUGAACAUAAACCCAAUGCAAUGGUGUUAAAACAAAAUGAAUUGUUUAAAUAAAGUGAACAGUAUCGUAAAAUCAUUUGUAACCAGUGACGACAACACCAGUGACAAAUUUUCAUGAAAGGCUAAUUUUCCAAAAUGAUGGCUAAGGCACCUCAAAAGCACACUAAAACCUAUACACAAUAACGAUAAACAUUUUUUCUUUUACAAAAAAAAUCCUUCAUACUGACGAAAACCAAAGCAACACCAAUGACGCUCUUAAAGGACCACACCAAAAAGCGACAUUGUAAAUAAAAUCUCUAACCUAUAUUAAGGAAAGGGACACUCACCAUGUGUGUUUGAACAGAGCAGACCUUUGACCUUAUUUGCUUAUUUUUAUUCUUUCAAAAUAAUAGUUUGUGUAACCAAUGAAACAGAAGCAAAGGACAGAUAUAUUUUUUUCAUUAUUUAUAUUAAUAAAUAAUUAUUUUGGUUUGCAUUUUUAUGCAUUUAUUGGGUACUACAUUCGUGUUUAAUUGGUUAACUUUAUUUAAAAAAAAUAUGAAAAGGAAAAGUUUGUACACCACACAAAAGAGUUAAACAUAGGGAGGGCGGACACUUGUUUUUGUAAGUACAAAUUCAAUUCAAAUUUAUUUAGAAAGAAAAUAUAGAACGCUAUAAAAACUUAAAUAGCAAUCAUCAUCAUAAAAAGGUGCUUGCAUAUUUUCAUUUGGAAGCUUUUAACAUGCUUGUAAAGUGUAGGGACAGGUUUGUGACCAUAUUUGGAAAAUUACCCUGCUCUUUUAGAGACUGAGUCCCUUACUGAGAUCAAGUAUAUGACACAUUCCUUUUCAAGUUGUAUUUAAUUUUAGUUUUCUGCCUCUCUUUAAGACACUCUGUAAUUGAGAUCAUUCUUUUUUUUAUUGUCUGCCUGGUUUGUGUGUAUUUGAGGCAUGGAUGAAACAUAUUGAUGGAAGCCUUAGAAGUUAAGAGGUGUCACUUCAAGACCACAAACACUGCUGAAAUAUUAUUAUUAAUAAGACUGAAUGUACAAAUGGUUCUUUCUGUCUGAAUAGGUUAAUUUAUUGAAUGAUUUUGUAACCCAAAGUGUAUCUGAUCAAGUUGGAAAACAUUUUUUGGUUUCAACUCAUCUUUGAAAGGCAGCCGAGGGUCUUCUAUCGCACCGAAGGGGCUUAUUUCGCGAUAACAGUCGGCAGCUAGUACAUUAUCUCGCUUAUUACACGGCUACUUGCCACAUGAGAAAAAAAUCUGGACAUGAAAUGUGAAUUUGAAAUAUUUAACUAGCUCAAUUUUUACCCAAUGCAGAUGCUAUUCAGAUGUCACGAACAGGAAAUUUGGUUUAAUCAUUUGUAAAUAUAAAGUCAUAUGUGUUAUUGAAAGAUAUGUUCCUAUUUCAUUAGUCAAAAAUACUUGUCCAAAGGAUUUGCUGUAUCUGGGUUUCUAUGUGUUUUUAGUUUUGAGAGGUGGAUAUAAGGUAAUAAUGCACCGGCCAAUCAGAAUCAAGCAUUCCAACAAGCUGUUUCAUAACCUAAAAUAAGUCUCAAUUUAUAGGUUUGAUUAACAGUAUGAAAUGAGACGAGUAACGCAAACAUUUUAUAUCUUUGACUUUAUUUACCUCAUUACAAACAAUGUCUACGACUGAAAAUGUAAAGCUGCUGCUUCGUGUAACGCGUUUAUAAAUAAAACCAUACAUAUUUUUAUGAUGUAUUCAACAUUUAAAAUUACCUAAAAAUAAUAAAAAGCACGUAUCUGAAAUUAUAAAGGUAUAAUGGUUACCUUGUGUAGUGCAAAAUAUAUUUUUUUACUGAAAAAUAAAGUCAACCUUAACGUAAACGUACAGUAUUUCAGGUGUCCAUACUUCGUAAAAGGUAGAAUCUUUUAAAACCAUGUCAAGACUUUAAAUAUCAAUUAUGACGAAGAUCUCUGAUUUCUCCUUGUCAUGAACCUGCAUGGCAGAGUAGGUGAUUGCCUUCACUUCCGUGCCCUGUGAAACAGAAAUGAACAUGUCAUGAACUUAAAAAUGGCAACAUUGGCUCAACCAAACGCAUUCAUUAGACGAGGAGACAUCUGUUAAAACACAGACAGUCAUUUUUUAUUCAGUUGUGUAAUAAAUUUACCUUAUAAAAACACUGUCUGUAUAUAAUUUGAGUGUUUUAUUUGAGCAUUUAAACAUCCAUUGACCUUAACAACAAUGAAAGUGAGGUCUUGAAACUAAUAAAAUGUUUCAAAAUGUUCUGCUUUAAAAUGUCAAACAAUUGCAAUGUAAAAUCAUUCUCACAUAAGAUUAGUUAACUAAUAACUAAUGCUAAAGGGGUCAUGCGUUGCGAAUACGUGUUUUUCUGUGUCUUUGGUGUGUUAUAAGUUGCUCUGAGAUUGUACGAAUCUUGAGUUACCAUGUGCCUGUUUUGCCAUUAGGAAAUACAUGUCCUGUUGAAUGAUUACAGUACACGACAGACUUCAUGUCGGUGUAUGAUUUAAGAUCAGCCAAUGUAUACAGAACUCACGUAUUGUUGAGCAUUACACUUUAAUGUGCAUGAUGAUGGAUGAUGGCUGAAGUGUGGCUAUGCCAAUGAUUAGCACUAGCCCACUUCCUCUUUUAACUUCACAUAUACUUGGCCUUUCUGAAUAAAGAUUUGACUCUGAUUGAAACUGCA